AGAAACCUCGAAAGUGAUCACUUAGUUUCAGUGUCCAUGGCAUGCUUAAACAUGUUCAACAAUGACCAACAAGGUCUCCACGCUGCAAUGGGCCCAAGAAUCUCCUUCUCUAAUGACUUUGCCGACACCCAACAACCCACCAAGCACGAUCACAGCUAUAGAGAAGCACCAGUUUCCUCAGAUUUCGAGUUUUCGGUGUCUGGUUACAACAUGAUUUCUGCGGAUGAGGUCUUCUUCAAGGGCAAAAUUGUACCCACCAAGACCACUCUCAGAGAUGAACUCCUUGUGGAGGAUGACGACAUGGAUGUGUCGUCACCGCGACUACACAAGGGUAUGAGCCGAUGGAAAGAGCGUUUAGGCCUCAAGAGAUCUAGCAUCCAUCAUCUACGUAGGAAAUCUGCUGAUAGGACUGUUUCUGAUCAAGUCCUUGAAAGAAUUGAUGAGACGACCUCCACAACUUUGGCAUUCCACGAGAAUAUGUUUGCUGCUAACCUCAAGGGUGAAAACUAGAUGCGCUACUUGAGACCCAGACCCAGAAAAUGAUAAGUCUCUUCAAAAUAAUUCUGAAUUGAUUUUCUGGUCACAGGUGCUUACUGGCAGAUCUUGGAUGGAAUACUUUAAAGGAAGGUGGCAAAGGAAUUAUUC